AUGGCAGGGUUUCAUGUCCGUAGUGUCCUGGUGACUGGAUCCAAUCGGGGAAUUGGCCUGGAACUGAUCAAGCGUUUUAUUGGGAAACCGAACCCACCAGAAGUGAUCUUUGCCACCUGCCGGGACCCAGAGGGAGUGCGAGCGCAGGAACUAAAAAAUUUGGCUUCCAAGCACCCAAUCGUUGUGAUUCUGCAGCUAGAAGCUACAGACUCAGCGAGCAUCAAGAGCGCUGCAAAGAAAGCUGAGGCCCAUCUGGGAGGAACUGGCCUAAAUUUGCUGAUAAAUAAUGCUGGCGUUAUGCCACCAAGCACACUUGAGUCAGCCACUCCUGAAGAUAUGUUAAGCGUCUAUAACACAAACGUUGUUGGGCCACUGUUAGUGACCCAGGCGUUCCUGCCCUUGCUGAAGAAGGCUGCCCAGGGAAGCAACCAGAAAGGGAUGAGCUGCAGCAAGGCAGCCAUUGUCAACAUCUCCACUGUUCUGGGAUCCAUUGAGAAAACUCCGGAAACGUUCUCCUUCGUGCCAGUAGUCUCCUACCGCUGCAGCAAGGCGGCACUAAACAUGCUCACAAAGUGCCAGUCGAUGGGAUACAAGCAAGACGGGAUCCUGUGCAGUGCGCUGCACCCGGGCUGGGUGAAAACCGAGCUGGGAAACUUUCAACCUAAUGUGCAGGCAGUCCUGACGGUGGACGAGAGUGUGAGCGGGCUCAUGAAGGUGAUUUGUGACCUCUCUGAGAAACACCAUGGUGUCCUGGUGAGCUGGGAAGGAAAUACCCUGCCCUGGUGA